AUGGGAAACAGCAGCACGUCUUCAGCUCCAUCGUCCGUCAGCGAAGCAAACUUUAGCACCAACAGCUCUCUGAGCCACGGUCACCAGCCAGGCUUCUUAAUGUCUCUGCUGUUCUCCAUGAACAGCUACACAGAGAUGAUGACCCACUGUAAGCUGGAAACUGAUAAUCUGGGCUGGUUAGUGGUGAAGCUCAUCGUCCUGGCGACAGCGCUUCCGGCUAACGCUGGUUUGAUGUGGCUGCUGCUGAAGAGGAAGUCGGCCAUGACGGCGUCGGAGGUGUUGGGACUCAACGUGUCCAUUAUGGACGUGCUCUACUGUCUCUGUCUGCCUCUGGACGUGUACACGGCCCUGCACAAGACCGAUCACAUGAUCCACUCCGUCCGUGAAGCGCUCUUUGCUCUGAACAUGUUCGGCUGCCCGCUGCUGCUGACCUUCAUGUGUUUGGAGCGAUACAUGGCGGCGGCGCGGCCCGUCACCUACAUGAGGCUGGGCCGGUGGGAGUACCGGGCGGUCCUGUGUGCAGGUGCCUGGGUCCUGACGCUGACCGUGGCCCUGCUGGGGUACUUCGUCCAGAUGUUCACCAUGGCUCUGUCCAUGUCCAUCACCAUCUCGCUGCUGUUCCUGGUCAUGGUGCUGUGCCUGCUGGGCAUCGUGUGGGUGCUGUGUCAGAGCGGCCCAGGCGAAGGUUCAGGUUCUGGCUCUGGUGUGUCCCUGAAGAGGCGAGCGCUUAAGAACGUCCUGGCUGUGAUGGUGCCGUCCGUCGUUGCCUACACUCCGCUGGUGGCUCUGGUCCCGUACCUGCUUGUGGUCAUAUCCCAGGACUCCAUCAGUUCUGCCCAGUGCUGCGUCCUGCAGACCCUGCUGAUCUUCCCCAACCUCGGCCUGUUCAUCGGCCCAACGUUCUACCUGUCCCGCUUCAGACAGGCCGCCUGCUGGAACAGAGACCAGCAGACCCAGAAUUCCAAAACACAGGCCGAGUAG